AUGUUUCACAGUCUCUGCUGUCUCCAUGGAGACGGCCCCCACCGCCUCCUCUCCUCCUCUGCAGCUCUGAGGCUAAAGCUCGGGGACCUAAAUCACCAACAAACAAGGAUCUACAAGUGUGCGCUUCUUGUGCGCGUGCGCGUUUGUUGGGGUGUGCAGACGGUGAGGACUUCCCCAGACAGAGAGCUCUCAAAACUGGGCUUUGAGUGGACCGUUCACAGCCUAAGAACCAGGGGUCCUUUUCUACCAGUCUCCAGCGUUCUGGGCAGUGUUCUGGACAGUGUUCUGGACAGUGUUCUGGACAGUGUUCUGGACAGCGUUCUGGACAGCGUUCUGGGCAGUGUUCUGGACAGUGUUCUGGACAGCGUUCUGGGCAGUGUUCUGGACAGUGUUCUGGACAGUGUUCUGGACAGCGUUCUGGACAGCGUUCUGGACAGCGUUCUGGACAGCGUUCUGGACAGUGUUCUGGGCAGCGUUCUGGACAGCGUUCUGGACAGCGUUCUGGACAGCGUUCUGGACAGCGUUCUGGACAGUGUUCUGGGCAGUGUUCUGGGCAGUGUUCUGGGCAGUGUUCUGGGCAGCGUUCUGGGCAGGGUUCUGGACAGCGUUCUGGACAGCGUUCUGGACAGCGUUCUGGACAGCGUUCUGGACAGCGUUCUGGACAGCGUUCUGGGCAACGUUCUGGGCAGCGUUCUGGGCAGCGUUCUGGACAACGUUCUGGACAGCGUUCUGGGCAGCGUUCUGGACAGCGUUCUGGACAGCGUUCUGGACAGUGUGCUGGGCAGCGUUCUGGACAGCUUUCUGGACAGUGUUCUGGGCCGUGUUCUGGGCAGCGUUCUGGGCAGCGUUCUGGACAGUGUUCUGGACAGUGUUCUGGGUAGCGUUCUGGACAGUGUUCUGGACAGUGUUCUGGACAGUGUUCUGGGAAGCGUUCUGGGCAGGGUUCUGGACAGUGUUCUGGACAGUGUUCUGGACAGCGUUCUGGGCAGCGUUCUGGACAGUGUUCUGGGCAGCGUUCUGGACAGCGUUCUGGACAGCGUUCUGGACAGUGUUCUGGACAGCGUUCUGGACAGUGUUCUGGGCAGUGUUCUGGGCAGCGUUCUGGACAGUGUUCUGGACAGUGUUCUGGGCAGCGUUCUGGAGAGCGUUCUGGACAGCGUUCUGGGCAGCGUUCUGGACAGCGUUCUGGACAGCGUUCUGGACAGCGUUCUGGACAGUGUUCUGGACAGUGUUCUGGACAGUGUUCAGUGUGCGCUUCUUGUGCGCGUGCGCGUUUGUUGGGGUGUGCAGACGGUGAGGACUUCCCCAGACAGAGAGCUCUCAAAACUGGGCUUUGAGUGGACCGUUCACAGCCUAAGAACCAGGGGUCCUUUUCUACCAGUCUCCAGCGUUCUGGGCAGUGUUCUGGACAGUGUUCUGGACAGCGUUCUGGGCAGUGUUCUGGACAGUGUUCUGGACAGUGUUCUGGACAGCGUUCUGGACAGCGUUCUGGACAGUGUUCUGGGCAGCGUUCUGGACAGCGUUCUGGACAGCGUUCUGGACAGCGUUCUGGACAGUGUUCUGGACAGUGUUCUGGGCAGUGUUCUGGGCAGUGUUCUGGACAGUGUUCUGGGCAGCGUUCUGGGCAGGGUUCUGGACAGCGUUCUGGGCAGCGUUCUGGACAGCGUUCUGGACAGUGUUCUGGACAGUGUUCUGGACAGCGUUCUGGACAGCGUUCUGGACAGUGUUCUGGACAGUGUUCUGGGCAGCGUUCUGGACAACGUUCUGGACAGCGUUCUGGGCAGCGUUCUGGGCAGCGUUCUGGACAGCGUUCUGGACAGUGUGCUGGGCAGCGUUCUGGACAGCUUUCUGGACAGUGUUCUGGACAGUGUUCUGGGCAGCGUUCUGGACAGCUUUCUGGACAGUGUUCUGGACAGUGUUCUGGGUAGCGUUCUGGACAGUGUUCUGGACAGUGUUCUGGGAAGCGUUCUGGGCAGGGUUCUGGACAGCGUUCUGGACAGUGUUCUGGACAUUGUUCUGGGCAGCGUUCUGGACAGUGUUCUGGGCAGCGUUCUGGACAGCGUUCUGGACAGCGUUCUGGACAGUGUUCUGGACAGCGUUCUGGACAGUGUUCUGGACAGUGUUCUGGGCAGCGUUCUGGGCAGGGUUCAGGACAGCGUUCUGGACAGUGUUCUGGACAGGGUUCUGGACAGCGUUCUGGACAGCGUUCUGGACAGUGUUCUGGACAGUGUUCUGGGCAGCGUUCUGGACAGCGUUCUGGACAGUGUUCUGGACAGUGUUCUGGACAGUGUUCUGGGCAGUGUUCUGGGCAGCGUUCUGGACAGUGUUCUGGACAGUGUUCUGGACAGUGUUCUGGACAGUCUGGACAGUGUUCUGGACAGUGUUCUGGGCAGCGUUCUGGGCAGGGUUCUGGACAGCGUUCUGGGCAGCGUUCUGGACAGCGUUCUGGACAGUGUUCUGGACAGGGUUCUGGACAGCGUUCUGGACAGCGUUCUGGACAGUGUUCUGGACAGUGUUCUGGGCAGCGUUCUGGACAGCGUUCUGGACAGUGUUCUGGACAGUGUUCUGGGCAGUGUUCUGGACAGUGUUCUGGGCAGUGUUCUGGGCAGCGUUCUGGACAGUGUUCUGGACAGUGUUCUGGGCAGCGUUCUGGAGAGCGUUCUGGACAGCGUUCUGGACAGCGUUCUGGACAGCGUUCUGGACAGCGUUCUGGACAGCGUUCUGGACAGCGUUCUGGACAGUGUUCUGGACAGUGUUCAGUGUGCGCUUCUUGUGCGCAUGCGCCUGUGCGUUUGUUGGGGUGUGCAGACGGUGAGGACUUCCCCAGACAGAGUCUCCAGCGUUCUGGGCAGUGUUCUGGACAGUGUUCUGGACAGUGUUCUGGGCAGCGUUCUGGACAGUGUUCUGGACAGUGUUCUGGGCAGCGUUCUGGGCAGGGUUCUGGACAGCGUUCUGGACAGUGUUCUGGACAGUGUUCUGGGCAGCGUUCUGGACAGCGUUCUGGACAGUGUUCUGGACAGUGUUCUGGGCAGUGUUCUGGACAUGUUCUGGACGGUUCUGGGCAGGGUUCUGGACAGGGUUCUGGACAGCGUUCUGGACAGUGUUCUGGACAGUGUUCUGGGCAGCGUUCUGGACAGCGUUCUGGGCAGCGUUCUGGAUAGUGUUCUGGACAGUGUUCUGGACAGUGUUCUGGACAGCGUUCUGGACAGUGUUCUGGGCAGCGUUCUGGACAGUGUUCUGAGCAGCGUUCUGGACAGUGUUCUGGACAGUGUUCUGGACAGCGUUCUGGACAGUGUUCUGGGCAGCGUUCUGGACAGCGUUUUGGGCAGCGUUCUGGAUAGUGUUCUGGACAGCGUUCUGGACAGUGUUCUGGACAGCGCUCUGGACAGUGUUCUGGGCAGCGUUCUGGACAGUGUUCUGGGCAGCGUUCUGGACAGCGUUCUGGACAGUGUUCUGGACAGCGCUCUGGACAGUGUUCUGGGCAGCGCUCUGGACAGUGUUCUGGACAGCGCUCUGGACAGUGUUCUGGGCAGCGUUCUGGACAGUGUUCUGGACAGUGUUCUGGACAGUGUUCUGGGCAGCGUUCUGGACAGUGUUCUGGACAGUGUUCUGGGCAGCGUUCUGGACAGUGUUCUGGACAGUGUUCUGGACAGUGUUCUGGACAGUGUUCUGGGCAGCGUUCUGGACAGCGUUCUGGGCAGCGUUCUGGAUAGUGUUCUGGACAGUGUUCUGGACAGUGUUCUGGACAGCGUUCUGGACAGUGUUCUGGGCAGCGUUCUGGACAGUGUUCUGGGCAGCGUUCUGGGCAGCGUUCUGGACAGCGUUCUGGGCAGCGUUCUGGACAGUGUUCUGGACAGUGUUCUGGACAGUGUUCUGGACAGCGUUCUGGACAGUGUUCUGGGCAGCGUUCUGGACAGUGUUCUGGGCAGCGUUCUGGACAACGUUCUGGGCAGCGUUCUGGAUAGUGUUCUGGACAGCGUUCUGGACAGUGUUCUGGGCAGCGUUCUGGACAGUGUUCUGGACAGUGUUCUGGACAGUGUUCUGGACAGUGUUCUGGGCAGCGUUCUGGACAGUGUUCUGGGCAGCGUUCUGGAUAGUGUUCUGGACAGCGUUCUGGACAGUGUUCUGGACAGCGUUCUGGACAGUGUUCUGGGCAGCGUUCUGGACAGUGUUCUGGGCAGUGUUCUGGACAGUGUUCUGGACAGCGUUCUGGACAGUGUUCUGGACAGCGUUCUGGACAGUGUUCUGGGCAGCGUUCUGGGCAGCGUUCUGGACAGUGUUCUGGGCAGCGUUCUGGACAGCGUUCUGGGCAGCGUUCUGGACAGUGUUCUGGACAGUGUUCUGGGCAGCGUUCUGGACAGCGUUCUGGGCAGCGUUCUGGAUAGUGUUCUGGACAGUGUUCUGGACAGUGUUCUGGACAGCGUUCUGGACAGUUCUGGGCAGCGUUCUGGGCAGCGUUCUGGACAGCGUUCUGGGCAGCGUUCUGGACAGCGUUCUGGACAGUGUUCUGGACAGUGCACGAGCAGCGCCUCACGAGCAGCGCCUCACGAGCAGCGCCUCACGAGCAGCGCCUCACGAGCAGCGCGUCUUCGAGCGUUUUGCGCGUUUGGUGCGGCGCGUUUUGAGAUUUCGAGCGUCUUGACAGGCGUGAAGCGCGUGACCCGCGGAUGA